AUUAAAAAUUUCAGAUAAUAUAGUUAGAAAUAAAACUAAAUAUGUCAACUGUACGACCAGAACUCUACCAGGAAGUAAAGUUAUACAGCAAUGCUCGAGAAAGAGAAAAGUAUGACAACUUGGCUGAACUUUAUUCAAUUAUAAAAACUUUACAAGCUUUGGAAAAAGCAUACAUCAAAGAUUCUAUUACAGCAAAAGACUACACAGGAGCCUGUUCCAAAAUGCUUGAGCAAUACAAAGUCGCUUUCCGCCAGGUGAAAACUGAAGUCUCAACGCUGGAUGAGUUUGUGAAGAGAUACAAACUUGAGGAUUGUCAUGCAGCAUUGGAAAGGAUAAGGGAGGAUCGACCAAUUACCAUCCCUGAUGAUGGAGGCAACACAAGCAAAUGUGUUGCUGAUAUUGUUUCGUUGUUCAUCACAGUCAUGGAUAAGUUGCGACUUGACAUCCGUGCAAUGGAUGAACUACAUCCUGAUCUUAAAGAUUUAUCAGAGAGUAUGAGUAGGAUGACGACUCUUCCAAUGAAUUUUGAAGGAAGAACGAAAGUUCAAGCAUGGCUUACCACAUUUGCGGGAAUGGCAGCAUCAGAUGAUCUCACAGAUCCACAAGCCCGACAAAUGCUGUUUGACAUGGACUCUGCAUACAAUGCUUUCAACAGAUUCCUUGCAUGACCUUAUUAACUAUUAAUUUUAUAUUACUUCUUACCAUCACUAUUUCUUGAUAUAUAUGUGAUAUUUGUAUUGUACAAAGUUCGCUUUAUUCACUUUAUAUUAACAUAAAACAAUAGAUUUUUGAUUUCAUUAUUCGUGCAAUAAAUGUCACGUAUAUACAUGGUGUUCAUGCGCGCUGAUUUUAUAAAAAUAUGGGAUAUUGUGGAGUGGGCGUUAACUAUAACGUCAUAUACAUAAUUAAAAAC